GUGGUGGUAUGAGUCUGAAGUCAGAUUUGUAGAGAGUAGUAACCAAUUUGAUGAAGCCAUUAGACUCUAUAAUGUAUCUGCAGUAGAGGCGUGCCACCAACAGAGACAAGAGCAGGAGAGAAAAACAGAAAUCUACGAUCAAGAGAACAACAAAACAAAGGAAGAGGAAAGAGAUUACAAACAGACACGACAUUUAAAACAGAACAAGGCGGGUCAAUCAAUCAGAAAUGGCUACCCUAUCGCUGAAGAUCAGCGUGGUGGGCAACGAUGUCGUCAAGACGAUGCAGUUUGAACCCUCAACUCUUGUAUACGACGCCUGUAAGAUCAUUCGAGAUAAACUCGUGGAAAUACAACAAGGAAACACUGGAGACUAUGGAUUGUUCCUUAAGGAUGACGACCCCAAGAAAGGGGUGUGGCUAGAGUCAGGACGAGCAUUAGAUUACUACUUACUGAGAAAUGGGGAUUUACUAGAAUACAGAAAGAAAAUGAGGAUAUUACAGAUCAAAACUCUGGAAGGCAACGCUAAAAAGCUACAGGUGGAUGACAGCCAUACUGUCGGUCAGCUCAUGGUUACCAUCUGUACGAGGAUCGGAAUUGCCAACCAUGAAGAAUACUCACUUGUGCGUGACCUUGCUGAUGAUGAGAAAGAAAAGACUAUGACAAUCAAGCGUGACAAAUCCAUUGCUAAAGACCAGAAAAAAUUGGAAGAAAUGAGGAAAAAACUACACACAGAUGAUGAAUUGGAAUGGUUAGAUCAUUCAAAGACGUUGAGAGAACAGGGAGUUAAUGAUGAAGACACACUCUUAUUACGACGGAAAUAUUUCUAUUCUGAUCAGAAUGUUGACCAGAGAGACCCUAUACAGCUGAAUUUACUUUUUGUCCAGUCUCGGGAUGCCAUAUUGGAUGGUACCCAUCCAGUCGCUCAGGAAGAGGCAAUACAGUUUGCUGGCUUACAGUGUCAGAUCCAGUUUGGAAACCAUAUAGAAAACAAACACAAAUCAGGCUUCUUUGAAUUGAGAGAAUUUCUACCAAAGGAGUAUUGUAAAUUGAAAGGUGUAGAGAAAAAGAUUUUCGCAGAACACAAGAAGUGGACUGGUCUGUCAGAAUAUGAAGCUAAAGCCAAAUAUACUCAACAGUGUCGUGCCCUUAAGACCUACGGUAUCACAUUCUUCCUUGUUAAGGAAAAGAUGCAGGGAAAGAAUAAACUAACACCACGUUUGUUGGGGAUCACCAAGGAGAGCGUCGUCAGGAUGGACGAAAAAACCAAAGAGAUCAUGAAGACUUGGCCCCUGACAACAGUGAGGCGUUGGGCUGCAUCUCCAAACAGUUUUACGCUGGAUUUCGGUGAUUAUUCAGAUGCCUACUACUCUGUACAAACACAGGAAGGAGAACAAAUUUCGCGACUCAUUGCUGGUUACAUUGAUAUUAUACUGAAGCGAAAAAAAGCCAAAGAACACCUUGGUAUUGAUGGGACAGAUGAAGCUCCUAUGUAUGAGGAUAAUGUUGCACCUGGACAGGCGACAAUAAUCAAACAAAACCAAGCGAAGGUCAGCCAUGCAGAUCACAUGUCCGUUGCCAUGCCAGGGGUUAUGAGGUCAGGAGUCGGUCCCUCCAAUUUUUCUUCAGGAUCUAUGGACUCAAUGCAGUCGAGUCAGGUGUCAAACUCAAUGCAUGUGAGGCAUGAGCACAACCAGAGUCAAGGGGUACAUGAGUUCUCACUCACCUCCUCACAGCGUGCUCUGAUAUCCUCUAUUGAUGAAGGAGUGUUGUCCAUCAGACGUGAUGAGUCGACACUUGACAACGGUAUGACUCUCCCUCACCUAGGAGAUGAUGCUGCAUCUAAGAAAUGGCGACAGAACCAGUUGGACCUGUCACGACAAAAGGUGAGCGCCCAGCUGGCCGCCAUGAACGCAGCCACUGCCCAACUUGUGACACUUUCGGCCGGAGAUGACGAACCAGAUACUGACAAUGUCAGUGCAGCUGUCGCUCAGAUUACAUCCAACAUGGGAGAUUUCAGCCAUGAUGUUCGCAUGGUUGCUGCUCUCCAGGAUGAUGAUGAUUCUAGGAACAGACUCCUUAAUGCUGCUAAACAACUGGCAGGGGCCUUCACUGAUUUACUAAACGCUGCACAACCUGGACCAAACUCUAAGGAUUCGAGACAGAACUUGAUCACGGCAGCCAAGACCGUGGGAGAAGCCAGUCAGGAGGUGAUGCAAGGUGUUGGAGAGACAGCCCUGGACAUGGACAGACACUAUCAGGAAACCCUUUUGGCCUUGGCCAAGGCUGUUGCCAAUGCUACUGCCCAGCUUGUACUAAAGGCCAAGAAUGUGGCAAGUACAACAGAGGACCAGGCUCAGAGGGACAAGGUGAUCAGCUCUGCCACAAGCUGUGCCCUGGCCACAUCUCAACUUGUGUCGUGUACCAAGGUGGUGGCCCCUACAAUCAGCAGUCCGGCUUGUCAGGAGCAACUCAUAGAUGCUGCCAAACAGGUGGCUCGUUCUGUGGAGGGGAUCGUGGAGGCUGCUCAGCAGGCCUGUAAAGAGGACAAGCUGUUACAAGACCUGGGAGGUGCGGCUACAGCCGUCACUCAGGCGCUUACUGACAUGUUAGAACACAUCAAAAAAGGAGCAGGUCCAGCACAGGCAUCAGAUUCCCAUGAGGUUGCCGUGGAUACUAUUCUGACCGUAACUGACCGCCUCUUUAGUUCAGUUGGAGAUGCCCAUGAAAUGGUGAAACAAGCACGACAGCUAGCCCAGGCUACUUCUAAUCUGGUGAACGCUAUACGAGAACAAGCUGAAGGACAUUCGGAUACUGAUACACAGAAACGACUCCUGGCCGCAGCAAAAGCAUUGGCCGAUGCUACAGCUAAGAUGGUAGAGGCUGCCAAGGGAUGUGCCACGAACCCUAAUGAUGCUAUGCAACAGCACGGUCUGAAGACGGCCGCUGAGGAUUUACGGUCUGCCACCAAUGUAGCUGCUAGCAAUGCACUGAAGAAAAGAAUUGUUAUGAAACUUGAGCAUGCUGCCAGGCAAGCUGCUACAGCUGCGACACAGCUGAUCAACGCAUCAACAUCCGCAAACAAGUCAAACACCAAUACCGUCUCGGAGCAACAGCUCACACAGUCCUGUAAGGAGGUCAAUGAACAGCUGCCCAGACUUGUUCAGGGAUUUCAAGGCUCCGUAAAAAAUACUGACAGUGCCUCCGCCCAACUUAACCUUAUCAACGCUAGUCAGGAUUUCAUACAGCCUGCCAGUGGUCUGGUCUCCUCAGCCAAUGCAGCGGCACCCACUGUCAGUGACCAGGCUUCAGCUCGUAAUAUGAACCAGAGCUGUAAGGCUAUGUCCACAGCUUUGGCUGAGCUUCGGACAGCUGCAGCCAGGGCACAGGAAGCCUAUGGCUCACUGGAGGUGGACAGUGCUCUUGACCAUCUGGCCACACUGGACAAGGAACUAGAGGAGUAUCGAAAGGCUGCUGAAUCUGGUGGGCUUGUUCCUCUACCCGGGGAGACUGCAGAAACAUCGGCACAAAAACUUGGAACAACGUCCAAGUCUGUCGGAUCAGCCAUGGCACAGCUUUUGACAGCCGCCUCACAGGGUAAUGACAAUUACGUUGGAAUAGCGGCAAGAGACACGGCUAAUGUGAUGCGUGUGUUGACUGAUGCCACGCGAGGUGUGGCUGCCACCACAGAGGACCGACAAGUACAGUUACUAGUCAUUGACAGUGCACGGGGCGUGAUAGAUAAGUCAACACGAUUACUGGAAGAAGCCAAAGUAGCUCUUAAUAAUCCUGACAACCCUGACAACCAAACUAGACUCAACCAGGUCGCAAAGGCAGUAUCAAAUGCUCUCAAUAAUUGUGUAAGUUGUCUCCCUGGACAACGCGAUGUCGACAAUGCAGUCCGACACAUCAUGGAGUCGAGUCAAGCCUUGUCAACAUCAGAGUACCCUACUACAACUAAGACUUUCCAAGAAGUUCAGUGUGAUAUGAACGAUUCAGCUGUGAACCUGAACCAAGCUGCAAGCGACAUUGUCACAGCGUCCCGUGAUACAGCUCAGGAACUGGCCUCUUCUUCUAACAGAUACAGUAGCACCUACCACACCUUUGUGCAGACAGGACUAACAAUGGCUGGCAAAUCCAAGGACACAGAAACACAGUCACAGAUUGUCGGAGGUUUGAAGAGUGUUUCCAUGGUUUCAAGUAAACUUUUACUUGCUGCCAAAUCUGUGCUCGCUGAUCCUAAUGCACCUAAUGCCAAGAAUCUGCUUCAGCAGGCUGCCAGGUCAGUGACUGAGAGCAUCAAUCAACUCAUUACCAUUUGUACAGUAUCUGCCCCAGGACAGAAGGAGUGUGACAAUGCACUACGUCAGAUCGAGGUAAUGAGGAGUCUGCUCGACAGUGCAAACGAACCAGUUUCUGAUAUGACCUAUUUUGAGUGUCUAGAAUCUGUCAUGGAGAAGUCAAAGGCUCUCGGGGAAGCUAUGACAGGAAUUACAAACCAUGCCAAGCAAGGUGAACUGGAUGACUUCUGUGUAGCAGUGCAUAACUUUGCUGGAUCAGUGUGCGGCUUGACUGAGGCUUCAUCUCAGGCUGCGUAUCUGGUAGGAGUUUCUGAUCCAAAUUCAGAACCAGGACGACCUGGAUUAGUUGAUCAAUCGCAGUUUGCUAGAGCUAAUCAAGCCAUUCAGUCUGCAUGUUCAAAUCUUGCCAAUCCAGCUAGUUCGCAACAGCAGUACUAUGCCCAAUGGAAUUGUAGGUCUUUGGUUCUCUCUGCUGCUACUAUUGUCGCCAAACACACCUCAGCUCUGUGUAACGCCUGUCGCCUGGCAUCAUCAAAAACGUCCAAUCCUGUUGCUAAGCGACAUUUCGUGCAGAGUGCCAAGGAUGUAGCCAACAGCACGGCCAAUCUUGUAAAAGCCAUCAAGGCUUUAGAUUCAGAAUUCACAGAGGAAAACAGGGAAAGAUGUGCUGAAGCUGCCAAACCUCUCAUUGAAGCAGUCGAUGAACUCACGAAAUUUGCCUCAUCCCCUGAAUUUGCCAGUGUGCCAGCAAAGAUCAGUCCACAGGCUAAGAAGGCACAAGAGCCAAUCACAUCAGCAGGCAAGGCAAUGAUUUCUGGGGCAUGCAGUAUGGUACAAGCUGCCAAGCAGCUGGCUGUCAACCCGAAGGACCCGCCCACAUACCAACUCUACUCCAACUACUCCAAGAGUGUAUCAGAUGCCAUCAAAAAACUUGUGGCCUCCAUCAGGGAUAGUGCCCCAGGACAACGCGAGUGUGAUGAUUCUGCAGAGAAACUUAGCCACUCUAUCCGCACACUGGACCAGGCCGCCUUAUCUGCAAUUAAUCAGAGUCUCCAGCAACGCCAUGAUAAAUCUCUCAAGGCGUUCCAGGAACAGAUGAUCAGUAGUGCCCGACAAAUACAGGAACAGAUUGACCAAGUUCGGGUCUCCGCCAAGGAGGAGCCAGAAAACCUCGGACACAGGGUAACAGUGAUGGCCAGCUAUUUUGAUCCACUUGCUGAUGGAGCAGUAGGUGUGGCAUCUCUGGUAACCAACUCUAAACAACAGACCCAAAUUAUUGACUUAACUAAAACAGUGGCCGAGUCAACACUUCAAUUUGUCUUUUCCUGUAAAGAAGGGGGAGGCAACCCAAAGGCCGUCCACACACAUCAGAAUAUUGACACUGCUGCUGAGAACACCAAGGACGUCCUCCAGGACCUGCUACAGUCCCUAGAGGAGGCUGCCUCACAGGCAGGCAUGGUCAACAGUAUGAUUGAGAAAAUCAACAAGUCUAUCUCACGGACUGACGAAAGAGUGAGCACUCAAGAAGACCGAAGUUAUGUAGAUUAUCAAACCAACAUGGUACGCCUGGCCAAAAAUAUUGCCAUGACAACCCAGGACAUGGUUGCCAAAUCAACUACAAGUGUGUCAGAGCUAGGAGGAUUAGCCAAUCAGCUGACUCGAGACUACGAUCUUCUCGCCAACGACUCCCGAGGAGCUGCAGCAUCAACAGCCAGUAGUGAUGUUGCCAAUAGAAUUAGGACAACAGUACAGGACCUUGGUAAAUGUUGUAUAGAGUUAGUACAAGACGCAGGUAACUUACAGAGUAAUCCCUCGGACACCUUCGCACGACGUGACCUUGCUGACCACGCUAGAAGUGUUAAUGAAAAGGUAUCCUUCCUAUUAGCCUCCCUCCAAGCUGGAUCUCGCGGUACACAGGCCUGUAUUAAUGCUGCCAGCACUGUGAGUGGUAUCAUUGCUGACCUUGAUACGACAAUUAUGUUCGCCACAGCUGGAACAUUAAACUCUGACAGCGCCGAUUCCUUUGCAGAUCACAGGGAAAACAUCCUAAAGACCGCCAAGGCUUUAGUAGAAGAUACCAAAACGCUUGUUGCUGGCGCUGCCUCAAAUCAAGAACAAUUGGCUGGUGCCGCUCAGAUGGCAGUGAAAACAAUCACACGAUUGGCUGAUGUUGUCAAGUUUGGUGCGGCCUCUUUAGGAUCUGACCAACCUGAUGCCCAGGUGAUGAUUAUUAAUGCUGUGAAGGACGUAGCGUCAGCCCUAUCAGAACUGAUCAGUGCGACAAAGAACGCGUCUGGUAAAUCAGUCCAGGACCCUGCCAUGUUUCACCUGAAAGAGUCUGCUAAGGUGAUGGUAACCAAUGUGACAUCACUCCUGAAGACGGUGAAGACAGUGGAAGAUGAGGCUGCCAGAGGUACCCGUGCGCUGGAAUCCACAAUUGAAGCAAUCGGACAAGAAAUAAAGACAUAUGAUACAACAAAUGAGCCAAUGAAAAAAGCCACAGCAGAGGACCUUAUAAGGAUAACCAAACCAAUCACCAUGGCAACAGCCAAGGCUGUAGCAGCUGGUAACUCCUGUCGUCAAGAGGAUGUUAUACAGGCAGCAAACAUUGGUCGGAGAGCUAUCUUUGAUCUUCUGGCCACUUGUAAGGGAGCUGCUACUACAGCAGAGACAGCAGAUAUCCGUCACAGAACAAUCAUGACUGGGCGAAAUGCAGCUUCAUCUUACAACCAGCUUCUGGAGCAAGUCAAUGUAAUAAUACAGAGGCCAACACCAGAGGGCAGGCAGUGCCUAGUGGAACUCUCAAGACAAGUGGCUAACUCCGUGUCAGAAAUAGUCCAGACCGCUGAGGCAAUCAAAGGCUCUGACUGGGUGGAUCCACAGGACCCCACAGUUAUUGCUGAAAAUGAGCUCCUUGGGGCUGCCAACUCCAUUGAGGCAGCAGCAAAGAAGUUAGCCAUGCUGAAACCUCGUCCUAAGGUUCAGGAAGCUGAUAUGAGUUUGGAGUUUGAAGAACAGAUCUUAGAUGCUGCCAAGUCUAUUGCCGCGGCAACAGCAGCUCUAGUGAAAUCAGCAUCAGCAGCACAGCGGGAACUAGUGGCACAAGGAAAAGUUCGACCACGAAUAGAGGUGGGAGCUACCUACAGUCGGAUGGACACAGAUGAGGAUGGACAGUGGUCACAGGGACUGAUAUCAGCUGCCCGACUUGUUGCUACGGCAACCCACAGUUUGUGUGAAUCAGCCAAUGCCAUGGUUCAGGGAAAUGCCACAGAAGAGAGACUCAUCGCAUCAUCCAAGGAGGUCGCAGGGUCAACAGCAGCACUACUGGUGGCCUGUAAGGUCAAGGCUGAUCCUGGCUCUGUUGCCAUGCAACGGUUACAGGCGGCUGGUAAUGCAGUGAAACGGGCCACAGAUGCAUUAGUCAAGCAGGCCCAACAGUCGAAGGAUGCAGAGGAAGGAACCCAGCUGACUAUUAACAAGAGAAUGGUGGGGGGUAUCGCACAGGAACUUCAAGCUCAAGAAGAGAUUCUCAGAAAAGAAAAAGAAUUACAAAUGGCCAGGCAGAAGCUAGCUGGUAUAAGGAAAGCCAAGUACAAAGACAGACCAGACGAAUACGACUCGUCGUCUUCAUUUUAACACAUUAGAUAGGACAAUCUUUACAUGUAUUGGAAUUUGUAUCGGAAAGGAAUUACGCAACAGAAAAAAACUGAGUGAUUCAAACUGUUGAAAAGAUGUUUGAAUAUUUAAUAUAUACCAACAGGUAAACAUGUGAUAAGGAUGAGGAAGGAUAUAAAAACCGGAGAGAAGAAAUCUUAGGGUCAGAGACAUUAUAUCAGGAUAUAGUGUAAAAAGGAAGAAAGAUGGAAAAAUUCUUUUGACAAAGAAUCUGGAUGAUUUGAACGAACAUAUUUUUGCAAGUUAAAAGUUUUUAUGGGAAAACAUAACAAUGUCACCAACGUUUGUAAUACUAAUUUGUGAAACUAUGGCUUAAUCUUUUAUAGUGUAAUUUUAGUGUUUUUCACUUGAUUUUGGUUUUUCUCACAAAAUAGUGCUGCAAAAAAUAAAAGGCUUAUUAUAAUAUUAUAAUUAUAAUAAGUCGACGUGUGGUAAGAUGUGUUAUUGUGAUAUUCAAUCAUUAGAUAUAUAUGGCACUUCACAGAUAUCAUUAUAGACUAAAAGAUAUUAAGAAAAGAAUCCCUGUGUUUACUUCAGUUUAAUAAUAUGGUAUUUAUCUUGGAUAAAUAUAUUGGACAAAGUCAUGAUAAAGUUACACAAUGGAUAAGACACACGAGGAGGAUAAUUCUUCUGAAUAAAUCCUUGAUAACAGUUUACAUUUUUUAUGAAUAAAUUUAGUUGGAAUUUUGUAUGCAUCUGAGACUGUGCUUAACAAAGAACUGCUGGAGGAAUGCAAAUAUACUGAAUGUGCCUAAAAAGUCUUGUGAUGUUUUUUUUAUAUCCAAUGUGACUGAAGUGUUUUUGUUUGAUGUUGCUGGCCCAAGUUAUCUUUUUGUAUAGAGGACUUCAGUAUCGAAGGAAAAGCAAGAAGAAGACUGCUUGGAUAUGUCACAACAAUUUUGAUUGGUUUAGAAGACCUAUUGUGGUGUAUUUAACCAAUCAAAAGACUCCAUAGGAAAUUUUUGUAGAAAGUCAUUUUUAUUCCGUCAUACUUAAUAGAUCAGAAAUGUUUAAAGAAAAUGGAGUAUUAAUUUUACUAUAUCACAUAGUCAUAUUAUUCCAAUAUAAAUCAGUACCAAAAUGUAAUCAAAACACGUAUAUACAAUAUUCUUUUCCAGUUUUAUUCAGGAAGACAUGUACUACCUGUCAUUUUAUUUUUGAUUCUAUUUAGAUUGAGACCAAUAAUGAUCAUACUAUUUGAUAAAUUAAACAAACUGUUAUGCUACAUUAUAUGCUGUAUUUUGAUCUCUAAACAACAUUUAGGAUUAUUUCCCUUUGUUUCAUAUGAAUUACUUAUUCAUUACAUUUUUAUAACAUUUUUAUUUCUGAAAACUUAUGUAGAAAGGCUAAGUACUAAAACAGUUGUAGAAAGGCUAAGUAUUAAAACAGUUGACCUUAAAACUUGACAACAUCUGGAGAAGAAAGUUACUGGUAGAAGUAAAAUUUUGUGAGAAAACAAAACCUGGGUUUAUAUUGUUUCACAAAAUUGAAACUGUUUGUUCGUUAUGAGGAAGUGAUUGUAUUAAAACACUUGAUCUAUUAUGUUAUAUAGACAGUUUGUUGUAUAUGUAGUUCUGAAUUUUUAUUUUAUCAUUUUUUAUGAAAGUUCUUUUCUGUUUCCAGAGUAAAAACAAAAUAAUGUUAUAUUGUAGUGACUAACACAAUGUGUUGACACUGGUCCAUAUUUUUAUGACAAAUUUUCUUGAACAUGUAAUUGAUAUACCUGUGUGUAGAAACUUUCAAACAAUGUAUUGAUGUUUUCCUGUCGCAAUUGAUAACGUUUUAUAGAAAGAUUUCUCAAUGUUGCUUUGUUGGCUUCACAUUUGAAUUGAAAAAAAAAUAAAAAGCAAGCCUUGCUUGUAUUAGAAUCAGUGAACACUGUUACACCAAGGAGAAACUCAUUUGUCCUAUUUAUCCUAAAAUAAAACCUACACACCUGUUGUUCCAUAAAUAGAGAUACUGGAAAUGAUUUGCUGUGAGAUAUAUCUCACCUUGACUAACGAGUUUCGUGUGUUGUAAAUACAGGUAUGUAUAGAUGUGUAUACAUAUGUAUUUGUAUAUAUGAGGACUGUUUUACUUGAGGCUUAUUCUGUAUAAAUACAUUGUGAUAGGAAACCAAGUAUUGGCCAUAUGUGUGGUAUUUUUGUACUUGUUAACGAGCUUUAAAUUACACUAUGGAACUGUGCAGCUUCAUGUAUUUGUUACCGUGUUCUGGGCAACCAUCACCAUGAGUUAUCUUUCACCCUUCUGUCAUUAGGGUAAAAAUAUGAGGUGGACUUCAGCUUAUAAGUCAAGUAGUUUAGGGCUAGUUUAAAUCUAAAAGGGUGACAAAAAACAGGAUUGGGCAAAUGAUUACCCUCAUUUUUUCUUCAAGAAUGUACUAAAUCCUUUGGGGUUGGAUUGUUUUAAAAUUCAAAUUUCUUUGCUAUUCUUUACCGUUUUUUUUUUUCAGUUACAUCAUUGGAAAUGUAAUUGAUUUAUUCUUGGACAAGAAUACAUGCUUGAAUAAAGAGUGUAUUUUUUUCAUGACCAACUUUUUUUUCAGUUCAAAUUAAUUUAAGAUAUUUUAACUGAAGACAUUCUGAUUGAGGGAGUCUGUAGCUUUCAUUAGUGUGUAGUUCAUUGUUAAUUUCUUAACAAAAUCCUGAAAACCUUUUUUUCUUUAAAUAGAUAGGCUAUCUGUAGUUAAUACAAUUGUUUAUAGAGACCGUGAUUUGGUGUUACUGAAAAGUCCUGUAUGAUUUCUGUAUUCUUGAAAGUUAUAUACAAACACUGUACAUGUUUGUUACUAUUACAACAGCUCUGUAUGUAUUUGUGAACUAUUCUAUACUGGAAGUAUUUUUUUCACUCUUAGACACCUGCUGAAGGUUCAGAAUUUCUCUCUGUUUUUCCCUGGACAUUGUUACACUAUCAAUUUUAAAAUCUACGAGAAUGAAUGAAUCACCAUAGACAUAUUCUUUAAGAUUUGUGUUGGAUAAAAUAAAAUUUCAGAAUCUAUUUACAAAUUAUUAAAACUCACAGUAAAAGUUGACUAAUUGUAAAGUUUAUUGUUUUGCCAUGGAAUUCUAUGUGGAAUAUAUAAAUGAACACAUUUAUAUUUUAUAAUUUGAAAGUCAUCCGCGGUACCUUGGAUAUUUCUUCAAAUGAUUUCAUGGAGAAAACUGUCUAGGUUUUCUGGCUGGUGUUUAAAUCAUGUUUAUCAAUAACUUUGGAAUUAUCCUAAGGGAGAUAACUAAAUUGUAAGUCACUUUGUUCAUCAGAUCACGAGAGAAUCAGAAUCAUACGCAGAAGCUAUUUGUAUGUCAUUCUACAAACAUCAGAUGUUGAAUUGGAAGUGCUUUUUGUGGUUUUUCUUGUUGAAAUAUUUUCAAGUGAUUUCAAGUGUAUUUUUUGUACUUGAUUUAGACUUAUAUAGCUAAGUAUUUAUCUUUUUAUUUAUAUACAGAUAAUGAAAAUAUGUAUAUCCUCCCAGAUAAUGCCCCAUCAGAUCUGUUGUAUAUAUAACAUUUUUACCCUCAUUUCCCGUUUGUCUUGUGUAAGGAGUUUUGAUUGGUCUAGUAAUGAUUUCUCAACCAAUAAAACAUUUUGUUACAAGCUCAUGGAGUUGAAUUCCUUGGAAUUUGAAACAGAACAUUUGAUUGGUUGAUAACUUUUAUUUCUACCAACCAGACAUUUUGUAAUAGAUUAAUGAUAGGAAGAUGGGCUUUAUUGAAGAUUAGUAUACUAUGAUUGUCCAUUGUACAAUCGUGACAGUUAAGUCUGUACGAAUAAUUUGCAUAUCAUGAAUAUUAAAUUUGCUUCAAAUAUUAUCUAAAAGAUAUUAUGUUGAAAAAAUGAUUAAGUAAAUUAAUCUAUUUAAACAAA